AUGGAUUUUGAAUCUUUGAUCAAAGAAAUAACAAAUGGCGGACCCAAUUUUAAAGAAUCGGAAAGUAUUCUCAUAGAAAUAUCGUCGUCUGAGCCUGGAACAUUUAUAAGUAACUUGCUCGCAAUUAUAACUCAAACGCAAGAUAAAACAUUGCAACUAUCAGCAACAAACAUGUUAACAAUACCUGUUAAGCGAAAUAAUGAUCAAGUAUUUAAUAGAUUAGAUCCUAAAGUCAUUCCAAUUCAAAAUAGAAUGGAAAUGAAAAAUGUCCUGAUACAACUAUUAAGUUACCCGACGGAUAUUGCCAGAGUUGCAAGCGAAGUUCUAGUCUUUUACUUUGAAAAUCAAUUAGAACUGAACAAUCAAAUAAUUCAAGAAUUAAUUUCAUUACUAACACCAGAAAAUGCUGCCAACAUAACGAUUCAUCUAUUAAAGACCAUAUUAAACCUAGCAAUGACCGGUUUUCUUGUACCAGCAACAACAUAUGAGUGUUUAAACCAAAUUUUCUCAUUUGCAACAUCAGUAGAAACUUCAGAUGAAUUCAAAAAGGUUUUUAUAUCAAUAUUCUUACAGUUAAUUAGUCGAAUGUUGCCUCCUACUGAAAUCAAUGAUUUUCUUUUUGAAAUUCUUCAGUGGGUAUGGUCAUUCACACCACAAGCGCCCAAAGAAGGCUUUGAGUUUGUUAAAUAUUUCAUGACUACUAAGUAUCAGCUCGUUACGCAAAUCCCAGAUUUUCAACAACAAGUUUUUACAGCUAUUAUGAGCGAAAACAAAGAUAUGAGUAUAGGAGCGAUAAACCUUUUAUCACAGAGGUUCUAUACGCCCAUAGACGAUAAAAUUGAAGCAGUAAAUUUCCUUGUUGAUAAUAAUCAGUCUGAAAUUAUCCAAAGUCUUAUAGAAAUCAUCUCCAAUGAUGAAAGUCCUGAUAUUGUCAAGCCAGAAAGCCUCACUGCUGCUGCCAGAAUCAGUCUUGCUUCGAUGACUUUAAAUUCAAGCGACGAAAUCAGGGAAUUACUGAUUUCCACGUCAUGCGAAUUGAUAGAAUCCCAACAAAUAGGUCAAAGGGAUGCCGCGAUCAUCAUUUUUACAAAUUUAUUAAAUGAAAGAGAUGAAAAAGUGGCCAGCAUCAAGCCAUAUACUACUCAAUUUGUUCUUGCAGCGAUCAGUGACCAGACGCCACGUAUUAUGAUCCUUGGUUUCUAUUUGUUGCAGAGUUUAUCAAUGGGAUCAAAUUUCCAAGUCGACGAUCAAAUGAUUUCUUAUGUUGUAAAUGCUGUAAAUGCUGACAUAGAAGACCUAAGUAACGAAGUCAUUGAAUGCCUCUUCGUUAUCCUCUCCAAAUGUAGUGAAGAAGCGAAAAACGCAGCAAUUGAAGCGGUUUUUCAUCACAUUUUGGAAAUGUCCGAUGAAAACGACAAAGCAGAGUAUCUCAGGUAUUUAGAUGCCAUGGUACCGAAACUUUCCAAAGAAGUUGCAAGUUUGUCAUUACCAACUGCUUUGGAAUUGGCUUAUAAUAGUUUACAAGCACCGACAAUUCCAAUUUUUGCUUUCCCUGCAAUUGGUUUUUGUUCGAGUUUGUUUUCUAAAAGCGAAAACUUGGCUGCGGAUAAUUACGAGAGCUUCCUUCAAAUGGGCAUGGUGCUUGUAGAAAACGAGAUGCUAACAGACGGAGCAUUGGUUUUCACUUCUUUGUUGAAAUCAAUCAACGACCAAAACAUUGUUGAUUUUUCUGUCAAUUUAAUCAAAGAAAAAUUGACAAGUGUUUCAAAUAGCGAAGAGUUAUCUUCAAUGCUAAAACUCUGUGUAGCAGCUACUAAGUAUAUAGAUGACCUUGAGUUCUUGGAAUCAAUCUUAAUGACGUCAAUUUCCUUCGCAAACAGUUCUGACACUGAUGAAAAUGUCAAAAGUGAAGUGUUGAAUUUAAUUUUGACAAUUUUCACAGAAAAGUCGAAAGAUCUCAUUUUCGGACACAUUCCACAAGUAUUCGAAUGUGUCUUCAUUGUAUGGAAGUAUCCAAUAAGCAUACAUCCAACUCUGAACGCGAUGGCAAGAGAAUGUAUUCCAUUUUGUAACGAACAAUCUCCUGUUGUGCAGAAAUUAGUGUUGGGAGUAUUGUUCCAGAUGGAUAAUAGAAUAAUGAAGCAGGAAGAAACAGGUUCUUUCAUUGUGGAUGUCUGUGAAGCUGUUCAUCGUUGUUCGGAAGAUCCAUUAGCUGAUUUAGCUUGCUUAUCAGGGAAAGUGGAGUAUUUGAAGAAAUAUAUUCAGCCAGAAAUCGUUGAAAAGAUUUGCUCAAUGCUCCCACCACCACCUCAGUAA